GGUCACACUUACACAAUGGCGUUCGUAGGAGCAACUCUGAUUCGAAACAUUCACAAGUCGUCGUUGGCAUUUCGGUUUGCUGGAUCCGCCAUUUUACCGAGUAAAUCUAUAUUAACCUCAACUCGAACUGGAAGUGACAGAGGAGGUCAGUUGCAAUUUGGAAUUCAGUUUGUACGCGAUUAUUCAAAGGACGCGAAAAUGGGUAGUUUACCAAGAGUAUUCUUUGACAUGACCGCCGAUGGCGCGCCAGUCGGUCGUAUUGUUAUGGAGCUGCGCUCCGAUGUUGUGCCCAAGACCGCGGAGAAUUUCCGUGCUCUGUGCACCGGCGAGAAGGGCUUUGGCUACAAGGGCUCCAGUUUCCAUCGCGUCAUUCCAAACUUCAUGUGCCAGGGUGGUGACUUCACCAACCACAACGGCACUGGAGGCAAGUCCAUCUACGGCAACAAGUUCCCCGAUGAGAACUUCCGUCUGAAGCACACCGGCCCUGGCAUUCUGUCGAUGGCUAACGCUGGUGCCAACACCAACGGCUCCCAGUUCUUCGUUUGCACCGUUAAGACCGCCUGGUUGGACAACAAGCACGUUGUCUUCGGCGAGGUCGUUGAGGGCCUGGACGUGGUCAAGAAGAUUGAAGCUUUUGGCUCGCAGUCGGGCAAGACCACCAAGAAGAUUGUGGUCGCCAAUUGCGGUGCGCUAUAAGUUGGCAAAACUCUGUUAAGACGAAAAGAAACACCCAGUUCGUUCUCGUUCGCAUUUUUUCUCCAACAAAUUUUUUUUACCAAUACGAAUAACUGUAAUGAUAUGAAAUAUACGCAAUACAUUAUUAUUUUCAA